AUCAGAUUGCACAGGAAUGUGUCUGGGAUGGAAUGAUAUGUUUUAAAGGAGUUCUGUUUCCACAGGCAGCUUUUCAGGACCUGUUUAGCUAAGCUUGUUCAGAAUUACUUGGAAAGUGCUUAUAGGUGUGACAGCAUUUAUAAACAGUGUAAGGUGUUUGGCUUGACAUUACUUAGGCCUGGAGGAGAUAGACAAUUUCCUGAGAUCCCUCCCAGUCUAUAUUAUUUCAUGUUUCAAAUAACUAAAUAGAUAUGUUUAGUGCUGUUAAGAGCGAAAUACGAAGGAAGAAAUCUAGUACAACGUUGUUGCAACAAGUGGGUAAGAACUUCCAAGUCACUGUGGUAACUAUGUAAAAGAAGAGAUCAGUCCCGAUGGAGAAGACAGACUGAGACAUUAUUUCUAACAAAAAACUCCACCUGUCGGGGUUUGUUGGUCAUGCCAUUAGUCUGCUAAGACAGCAGAAGCUAUAAUUGCUGGGUACAAGACCUCUUGAUUGAAGACUACCCAAAAGAUUAGUCUUUCUGAUGAGGCAGACAGUGGUGCCCGUUCUUACCACUAAGGAAUUGUCUUUACACAGGACAUCUUUUUUUGUUCGUGUUCUGUCAAAGGGUUGCUGCCUGAGAUGCAGGUAUUUAAUCUUCCUGGGAAGCUAAUUUCAACAUGCCAGUGGAAACAGAUACCUGCGCUGAUUUUAAGCACUUGUGCUUGCUUUACUACAGAAAAGAAGCUGUCUGCAUUUCAUGCCCGGUCAGAGGAGACCAAAAUCCUUAUGGCAUUGUAUGAGUUGAUGGUGUCUUUGUAUGCUUAACACUGUGUACUCUUCUGAUUAUCACAUGGUGCUGAAGAGUGUCCAAAGAUGGGUAGUAAAGCUGGUGAUGGGUCUGGAGAACAAGUCUUAGGAGGAACAACUGAGGGAGCUGGGGAUGUUUAGCCUGAAGAAGAGGCUGAGAGGAGACCUUAUCAGUUUCUACUUGAAAUGAGGUUGUAGUGAGGAUGGGCAAGGUUUGCGCCAUUUUUGGGGGAUCCAGAGGAAUAGGCAAAGCUGUUGCAGAAUUACUAGCACAGAAGGGCUGCCGCCUGGCCAUUGUUAGUAGGAAUCUGGAAGCAGCCCAAACCACUGCACGUCAUCUUGGUGCAGGACAUCUGGCACUUAGGUGUGAUGUGUCCAGCGAACAAGAAGUCCAAAAUACUUUUGAGGAGAUGCAGAGGAAUUUAGGUCCUAUUAACUACUUGGUUAACGCAGCUGGGAUCAACAGGGAUGGUUUGUUACUGAGAACCAAGACUGAAGACAUGAUAGCCCAGAUUCACACUAACCUGUUGGGAACAAUGUUGACAUGCAAAGCUGCUGUAAAAAGCAUGAUUCAACAGCAGGGAGGUGCUAUUGUCAAUAUAGGAAGUGUUGUAGGACUUAAAGGCAACUCUGGUCAAAGUGUAUACAGUGCUACCAAAGCAGGAUUAGUUGGGUUUUCACGCUCCCUUGCUAAAGAAGUAGCAAAAAGGCAAAUUCGAGUCAACGUGGUUGUUCCAGGUUUUAUUCACACAGAGAUGACUGCUCAUUUGGAUGAAGAUCAGAUGAAGAAAGCCAUUCUCCUUGGAAGAUUUGGAGAGCCUCAUGAAGUUGCACAAGCUGUUGUCUUUCUCCUCGAGUCGCCUUAUAUUACAGGGAGCGCUCUAGUUGUAGAUGGAGGCUUGCAGCUUCUGAUGUAAAUACUACCUUGAAUAAGUACCUACUUCAAUGUCACAUUGGUAAUAGAUAAAUGUAUAAUAAUUAAAGGGGGCGUGUGGAAAUCAGAUGAAGAUCAAUGUGUGUGAUUGACUUGAUACUCUUUAGUCAGAGGAGAAAUUCAGCAGCAGUGGAUUCCAGCACAUAUGCUGGACUACCUGAAAGAGCCCAUUUGGUAUUGUGAAGUCUGUGUGUGUAACAAUUUGCAAAAUAUUGGUUUUGAUGUAAUGAUAAAUAACAUGCUGGUACAUU